CGGCGACGCCGGGGAGGCGGAAAGAAGAAAGGGCGGCGAUGCAACGCGGCGCGGGGACGUACGUGCUGGCUGCGUGCUGCCGUCGCCCCGGCGCGAGGGGAUGUUAAGGGGAUGGCAACGUAACAUAGUUGCGGACUACUAGCCGGCACGAGCAUGAACACGAACGGCAACGCGGUCGGGCAGGAAGGUGGUGCCGGUACCGAUUAUGGGGGUAACGAGGAGACGGCGGCCCUGCUGGGCAGGCCGCCGCCGCCGCCGGUCGUGGUAGCCGCGGCGUCUCAGGGCAAGCCGGUUCUCACGCGGCAGGAUCGGGCGACCUUCCUAGUCGCCUCGCCGCAACUGUCCGUGUCCGGGCUUGGCGGCUCCGAGGAGAGCGGCACCAACGAGGACCCGGCUACCAGAUCGGUACCGGACAUCGAGCUUCACUGCCGGCUGGACGGCGAGCCGCAGCCGCAGCCGCCGGCGCCGCCGCCGCCGCCGCCGCCAGCGCCGCCGCAGAUUCAGCAGCAGCAACAGCCGCAGCAGCAACAGCAGCCGCAGCCGCAGCCGCAGCUCCAGCAGCCGCAGGUGCAGCAGUCACAGUUGCAGGCGCAGCCGACAUCCUACCGGUCGUCCAGGCAGUCGCAUCAAUAUAGAUGCAGGUGCGACCGAAGGGAUUCCCUUGCGCCCACCUCGGCCCUUCAUUUGGCCCGCAGCGUCUCCAGAGAGAGCGUGAAGAGCGGCCAUCACUGCUGCCCGUGUCAGGCGCCGCCGCCGCCGGUGUUGGUCACCACGUCGCCCAACGCCCGCAUAAUACGGCAGAGCUCGCAGCCGGAAGCGUCCGCGUGCUGUUGCUCCGGCUGUUGCUGCCCGCUGCACACCGGUGCGGCACCGAGCGCCGCCUCGCUGCGGCAGCUCCGCGAGCCCGGCGACGGGAUCGCCGGCAUCGCCGCGGACUCACUGCGGAUCAAUGGUGGCAUACGACAGUUCCGGCAGGUAAGCCGCGACCUCACCGUCUUGCCGUCUCCCGAGUUGUUUGUCGUUAUUUGUCGCGGCACAACCUGCCGCCCAUUGUGCAAGAAUACCGCAUACAUCUCCAUUUAAAGUUGAAAGGUGGUGCCAAAUAUUGUCUUUAUUUUCUUCGAAAAACUAAAAAAAAAAAAAGAAA